AUGUCGACACACGAAAACGAGAAAAAGACCGCCGGUCAAGCCUGGGACUCGUCGUCCGGCGUCGGCGAGAUCGAAUCCGCCCCCCAUGCCGCUGAUUCUGAGGUCCUCGAUCCCGUCGCCGUCAGGAGGGUCACCAGGAAGCUCGACAUUCGCAUCGUCCCCAUGAUUAUGUGGGUCUAUCUCAACAACAUGAUGGAUCGAGUCAACAUCGGAAAUGCUCGUCUGUUCGGUCUCGAGAGUGACUUGAAGCUCAAGGGCAAUGAGUUCCAGCUGGCCGUCUCUCUGCUUUUCGUCACCUACUGUCUGUUCGAAGCUCCUUCGAACAUGAUUAUCAAGCGUCUCCAUCCCGCUCGGUACCUCGCCGGUUUGACCAUCGCCUGGGGCCUAGUCUCCACCUUUAGCGCCUUCGUUCAGAACCUUGGUGGACUCGUUGCCUGCCGUCUUAUUCUCGGCUUGUCCGAGGCCGGUUUCUUCCCCGGUGUCGUCCUGUACCUUUCCAUGUUCUACGGCCGAAAGACGCUCGCUCUUCGUAUCUCCUUCUUCUACGCCACAGCUGCUGCUGCGGGUUUUAUUGGUGGUCUCCUGGCCUAUGGCAUCAGCUUCAUGGACCAUGCUGGCGGAUGGCGCGCGUGGCGAUGGAUCAUCGUAAUCGAGGGUGUCCCCACUGUUCUCACAGGCCUCGUCAUUCCGUUCGUUCUACCCAACAGCCCCGACACUGCCAAGUGCCUCAGCGAGGAGGAUAGGCAGAUUCUUAAGAAGAUCCACCACCAGCAGAUCGGCAAAGCCCACAACCUUCACAACAUGGUUAAGCAGGAUGUCAUCGAUGGCAUCAAGGACUGGAAGACCUGGGCUAACUGUCUCGCCCUCUUCCCUAUGCUCACUAUGCUGUAUUCCUUCGUCGUCUUCCUCCCCACCAUUAUCAAGGGUAUCGGCCACUGGUCCGCUGCUGAGGUCCAGGCCCUGACUGUCCCCGUCUACUUCGUCGGCGCGGUUGUCUACGUCCUCUGCGCCUGGUACAGUGAUAAGACCCAGCAACGCGGCCCGUUCAUCAUGGGCGGCAUCGUUGUCUCCAUGGUCGGAUACGCUAUGCUUCUCGCCAACAAGGGCUCCGCUGUGUCCUACGCAGGCACCUUCUUCGUCGCCGUCGGUAUCUUCGUCUCGCCCGGUAUCGCCUUCGCCUGGGUCCCCACCAAUAACCCCCGCUACGGCAAGCGCGCCUUCGCCACCGGUAUGCACCUUACCUUCGGUAACUCUUCUGGCAUUGCCUCCCCCUUCCUCUUCGCCAACAAGUGGGCCCCGGAGUUCACGGUUGGCUAUGCCGUCUGCAUUGGCAUGUUGGCCGUCUCCUUCGCUAUCAACCUCGUUCUUCACCUGCACUUCAAGCGCAUCAACAAGCUCCGCGAUGAGGGCAAGUUCGACCACCUCAUGGAGGGCAAGACCGACGAGGAGAUCGAGGCCAUGGGUGAGGAGAGCCCCAGGUUCCGAUUCUCCGUCUAA